CUCAAUGCGCAGGCUCAGAUCUGUUUAUUUGGUACACAAACACCUAGCAGGAAGCCCCGCUAAGGAUUUGGCCGAACAGAUGUAGUGGCCUGGAGGCAAGUGUGUGCCUGAAGAGAGGAGCGAGACCCAGGGCCAGGCCUGCCCAGCCAUGACCGAGUGCUUCCUGCCCCCAAGCAGCAGCCCAGCUGAGGUGCGCCGGGCGGAGCACCCGGGGGGGGUGGCCCGUACCCCCAGUUCAGAGGAGAUCAGUCCCACCAAGUUCCCUGGGCUGUACCGGACCAGCGAGCCAUCACCCCCCCACGACGGUCACCACCAUCAUGAGGUCAUUGACGCCGUGUCAGAUGACGACAAAGAACACGGGAAGAAGAAGAACAAGUUCAAAAAAAAGGAAAAGAGGACCGAGGGUUACGCAGCCUUCCAGGAGGACAGCUCGGCGGACGAGGCCGAGAGCCCCUCCAAGAUGAAGCGUUCCAAGGGAAUCCACGUGUUCAAGAAGCCCAGCUUCUCCAAGAAGAAGGAGAAGGACUUCAAGGUGAAAGACAAGGGCCCUAAAGAGGACAAGGAGAAGAAGGACAAGAAGUCCAAGGACCUGACUGCUGCCGACGUGGUCAAACAGUGGAAGGAGAAGAAGAAGAAGAAGAAGCCCACAGCAGAGCCUGAACCUGUUUCUGUGGAGACGCCCACCUUCAGGCCGAUCUUUGGAGCUCCGCUGGCUGAGGCUGUGAAGAGAACUGCCUUGUACGAUGGCAUCCAGCUACCAGCCGUGUUCAGAGAGUGUGUGGACUACAUUGAGAGCUAUGGCAUGAAGUGUGAAGGCAUCUACCGUGUCUCUGGUAUGAAGUCGAAGGUGGAUGAGCUGAAGGCUGCAUAUGACCGUGAGGAGUGUCCGUGUCUGGAGGAGUAUGACCCCCACACAGUGGCCAGCCUGUUGAAACAGUACCUCAGAGAACUGCCUGAGAACCUGCUGGGAAGAGACUUGGCUCAGCGCUUUGAGGAUGCCUGCAGUCGACAGAGCGAGGUUGAUAAGAUGACAGAGUUCCAGCGUCUGUUGACGGAGGUUGCCCCUGGCAGCCGUCUGCUGCUGUCCUGGCUGGUCACACACAUGGACCACGUCAUCACCAGGGAGACGGACACCAAGAUGAACAUCCAGAAUAUAUCCAUCGUACUCAACCCUACUGUACAGAUUGGGAACCGGGUGUUGUAUGUGUUCUUCACCCAUGUCCGGGAGCUGUUUGGAGAGGUUUACCUGAGGCCUGUGUCGCGUCCCCUCCGCUGGUCCAACAUGGCCACCAUGCCGGCCCUGCCCGAGACCCAGGACAGCAUUAAAGAGGAGAUCCGGAGACAGGAGUUCUUGUUGAAUUGCCUCCACAGGGACCUCCAGGCUGGGAUUAAAGACCUGUCUAAAGAGGAGAGACUGUGGGAGGUGCAGCGCAUCCUCACCGCUCUCAAACGCAAACUACGGGAGGCCAAGCGGCAGGAGUGUGAGAGUAAGAUUGCACAGGAGAUAGCCAGUCUCUCUAAAGAAGAUGUGUCAAAAGAAGAAAUGACUGAGAACGAGGAAGAGGUGGUCAACAUCCUACUGGCACAGGAGAAUGAGAUCCUCACCGAACAGGAGGAGUUGAUCUCUCUGGAGCAGGUGUUAAGAAGACAGAUAGCCACGGAGAAAGAGGAGAUCGAGAGGCUGAGGGCUGAGAUCGCCGACAUACAGAGUCGUCAGCAGGGUCGCAGUGAGACGGAGGAGUACUCUUCAGACAGCGAGAGUGAGAGUGAAGAUGAGGAGGAGCUACAGAUGAUUCUGGAAGACUUGCAGAAACAGAAUGAGGAGCUGGAAAACAAGAACACCCACCUCAACCAGGCCAUCCACGAAGAGCAGGAAGCCAUUUUGGAACUCCGUGUUCAGCUUCGCCUCCUCCAGACCCACAAGCUGCAACAGCAGGAGCUGACAGCCCCGCCCCCAGCUGAGCAGGCUCCGCCUACACAGUGCAGCCCCGAAGGCCGGAACGAGGAACGGACCAGGCACUCCGUGGCUGCUGUUGUGAACGCCGCUGUGACGGAGCCAAUGACUGAAGCCAAGAACGGGAAAGCUACCGGACCUAAGGACCUCCCUAAACCGUCCCCCAGUAAAGAUAGGAGAGAGACCAACCUAUGAACUCCUCUAUCCUUCACCUCCUUAUCCUUCAGCUCAGCCUCUGUCUGUCCAUCCCACUACUUCACUUCUGUCAUUCUAUUCAUCCCUCUCUUCAACCUCCUUACACCUUUGUCUCCAAUCCAACCCCCCCCCCCCCCCCCCAGCCAAAUGUGGAGAGGGGGGAGAAGGGGGAGAAGGGGGAGUGGGAGGUGGUGAGGUGAGACAGCAGGGCUCAUAGUCCUCUUCUAAUCUCUAAUGUUUGUCCCGUCUUGUUCAUUCUCAGUUAAGGGACUCCGCUGAUUCUAGGUCAGCCCUUGAUCAAAAUGGGUCCUGACCCGUAACUUAUAGAAACCUAAUCUUUCUAUAAUAGAACGGCGGUUUAAGACGGGCUGUGCUAAACCCACUACAUUGAAAACAACUCGUCUUAAUGGUUCUCAGCCCCAAUCCUCAGCCACUGUAUGGAGGGGAUCUCAACCACUGUGCCAUACUUACUGAAGCUGAGACGCACUGACCAGUUGCGUUGUAGAAUCACUAUUUCAACAACAUGCUCUUUAAAUAAAUGAAGAAUUUAUAAUUUGGACUAUCUAUAUAUAUAUUAUAUAUAUAUAUAUAUUUAAAUAGUAUUCUGGAGGACAUUGGGAGAAGACUAAUCAUUGCAAAUAUAUUAAUUUUAAGUGUACCUACCUGAUGCCAUUUAUCCAUGAAUAUAAUAUAUUGUCGAUUGUUUUUGUUGUGUGAAGCUGAAGACGAAGGAGCACAGCCACGUCUUCUUCACUUAGCAGAGCUGUGCCUGGUAAAACUAACCUGUGAACGAUCCUUAUAACACAUUUAUAAACCUACACAUAUUGCAUAUGAAAUGCUUAUGUCAACUCAUGAAAUGCUUACAUACAGUCAAAAAAUGCGGUACGUAUAGCUUAUGAAUGUGUUAUGAAGUCCUUAGGUACCCUUGUUGUAAAAUUGUAACAAAUAUCUCCAUAUCCAUGUCAGAGGGUAUUCCGUUAGGCUCCAAACGGGAAAGAAACUGCCUUUCAGUUUCAAAAUGUUUUUCAACGUUGUGGGCCCUGAUGAACACAACCCAGUGAGUAAACAAGCCAAGAUUAUGAGUCAGUCAUUUCAGAAUACAGACUGUAGACAAGGAACUGUUCCAAUGAAAACGUGCUAUCUGUCUUUCUCUCUGUCCGAUCUGUGAUGGGUGAAGGCAAAGGAAGUGUACAUUGUUGUAAAAUUUUAAACAUGCUGUAUUUUCAGCUUGUCUUAUGUUGUCUUUUCUGUUUUUUUUUUUUAUAUAUAUAAUUAAUGAUCUGAAUUACCUGAAUGAAGAUUAUAGGUUGACUGCUCUCCAAUCUACAGCAUUGAAGCUUGUUAUGAGCAAUUCCUGGCUACUGGCAGGGAAGUGAUUUAUUAUUGUUUAUUAAGGACUCGCUGGUGAUUGACGCAGUUUAUGACUAUGAUUUAAUCCUUUGCAUAAGAUUAUUUUCAUAUUGUUAAAGGCUUUUGUAGCUUCCUGUGGCUGUAAACAAUAAAGUGUCAAAUUCAAUAAUGUGGUUUCUCAUUGGUAAUGUUUUUAAUAAAUUACAUGGGACUGCGUUGCCCUGGCGUGCUGCAUCAGAAACAGAAGUUUAUCAAGCAUCUAUGAAGACGCUGAUGUGAACCUUUCAACUGUAUUUAUGGGAGAGCAACAAGCACCCUUUGAUAGCGCAGUACAUUUAAUCAGAAGUACAAAAUAAAUGUUGAUUGCUGAUUUUGUCCAUAAUAAACAGUUACAUGAAUGGC